UUUAAUUUAAAUAAAUUUCAUUUAUUUAAUGAAAAUGAAAAAUUAUUUAAUGAAAAAAUAUAUCAAAUAUUAAAUUGGUUAAAACAAAAACAAAUUUGUUUAAAUGAAUCAAUACAAAUAACGAAUACAACAAUAGGUAAUACAACAAUUUUAAUUGAUUUAAAUGAAAAAUUAAAACAAUUAAAAAGUUUAUCAGAAGACAUUGAAAAUUAUCACACAACUAUUGAAGAGAUUAAAUUAAGCGGUGAACAGUUAUGUGAAUCAGGUAGAUUUCUUGUAAAUGAAGAUUCUAUACAAAAUCGAUUAGUAAAUCUAAGUGAUAUUUAUGAAGAACUUCAAUCAGAUACAAAACGAAAAUUGUUUAUUUUAGAAUCUGCUUUGCCUGUAGCACAAUCUUUAACAUCCUCUGUGAAUACGCUUAGUUCACGUUUGCUUAAUGUUGAAUCACAGCUUAAUGGAUUACUAGAAAACAAUACAAAAGACGUUUCUUCAGCCCAAUUAGAAAAGUCAUUGAUAGAUCAAUUAGAAUAUGAAAUGAUCAAUGGACUAGAACCACAAUAUCAACAAGUUCAUAGUCUUUGGAAUCAAUUAAAACAAAUAUGUAAACCUAUUGAUCUGUUUAUUAAUCCUUCAACGUUGACAACAACACAAUUCCCUAAUCAUUCAGAUGCUAGACUUGGACAUGUAGAACAAAUCGAUAAUGAAUUAAGACGAUAUAAUGAAUUCAAUGAAAAGCUCACCGAUUUAGCUAAAAUUGUUGGUAGUAAUCGUCAAAAAGCUAAACAAUUAAUGCAUAAAUUAGAAAUCAAAUCACAAUGGUUAGAUUUAGCGUUGAAACGUUUUGAUCCGAAAAUAUCCACUGCACCAUCAUUAGAUUGGGAUAAUUAUUCUGAUGAAAAUCAUUUUAUAAUUAAUGAAUCAUUGGAAAAAAUGCCAACUAUACAUUCACUUGGUACUGAAUUUCCUUAUUUAGCUGUUCUACCAUAUCAACCUGUUAUGUUAGAUAAACUACAUGAAAGAAUAGAACAAUUUCAAGGGAAUUGGAAAAAAUAUCAAAUUGAUUUAACUCAAUUAUGCGAUCAAAUUCAUGAUAUAAUACAAUCAUCUGCAUUAUCAACAAGUUCUACUAAUCAGAAUAGUGCUAUAAAAUCAUCAUUAUCAUCAUCGCCUAUAAAAACAAACAAAUCUUUCGUACCAUUUACAACGGAUAAAUUUUAUCAUGAAUUAAGUGAUGCUGUGUCUAGUGUUUCAAAACAAAUGAUAACACUUGAUAAUCGGUUAAGUCAAACAGAAAUUAAAUUUGCUGAAGUUUAUCCAUUAGCUAAAUGUUUUACAACUGAUAUGUAUGAAUUUCAAAACUGGCUUCAACAUAUUGAAGAAACAAAAAAUGAAAUCGCUGACAAUUUUUCAGAUUCCAGUGUUACAGUUGAUGAUUUAGGAGGUAAUCGUAAACGAAUUGAAAUGAUUAAGAAUUUAGAUAAUGAGAUUGAACGUCAAAAAUCUGUAUUGGAUAGAAUUUUAAGAACAAGUGGACCAUUAUUAUCUUUAAUUGCUCCAAAUGAAGCUAAUACUGUUCGUUUGCAAGUUAAACAAAUCUGUGAUCAUUAUGCUAAUUUACGUAAAUUGAUUAAAACUCGUGCAAUCAAGGCAGAAGCCAAUUUGAAACAAUCAGAUGAGUUUGUCGAGCAAUUAAAUUCAAUGUCAGACCUGUUUUCUGCUAUAUCAGAACAAGCUGUUAGACUAGGUGUUCCUCUGGAAGUAUCUGGUACAACUGUUAAACCGUCCAUAUUAUCUAACGUUCAAAAUGAAAGUUCAAAACAGUUACUUGACCAACAUCAUGCUUUAGAUAUGUUGGGCCGAAUACAUUCAAUGACAAGUGUUCAACCAGAUCAUUUACAAGAACAUAUUAGUGGAACAUCUGCUCUUAUGGAAGCAUUGGAAUGUCGUUUACCGGAAUUGGAAGCACUUGCUAUUAGUAUUCGUGCUCAAUUGGAGUCGAAACCAACUGUCAAAGAGUCGACUACCACACGUGAACCAGAAACAGUUGAAUUAAUUGAAUCGGUUGAUUUAGAAGCAGUUUUGAAAAAUGCUGAAAAACUUCAAACAGAUUGGAUACAAUUACAUAACAAAUUAAAUUCACGUGUAAUUACACUACAAUCAGCUUACAAAACAUCAUCAGAACAAUUUUGGCCAAUUAUUUCAGAUCUAAGAAAUAGAUUAGAUAAAAUUAAAGAAUCAUUAAAUAUUAUCGGAUCAGGUUGUAGUUUAAAUGAUCCGUGUAUUCGACGUGAUCCACUUGAUUCAAAUAGUUAUAAAGAACAAUGUAAAGAUUUAUUUGAAUUAAGAGAAGAAUUGAAUGAUAUGAGUCAACAAUUGAAUGAAUCCUAUGAAGCUGGUCAGAAAUUGAUUAAUUUAAUUAAUGGACAAAUGACUGACAAUUCAAUACCAUCAUCGCUAUCACAAACAUCACUAAUGCCAACAAUAAUGACUGAUAGCUUUAGUUUAAGACUAGAUGAAGAACAAGCUAUACGUAAUGAAGUUGAUUAUGCUUUGCAUGGCUUAAAAGUAUCACAGGAACAUCUUGUUGAUAAAUGUGAAUGUUUAAUUAAACAACUCAAUGAACGUGAAUUAUGUGCCUCACAGUUUAAGUCUGAUUUAAUAAAUUUAAUAAAAUGGUUGACGGAGCAGGAAAGUGUAUGGGAUAAUUUUCAGCCUAUAUCAAAUAAUGUUGAUAUUGUUACGAAACAAUUAGAUGAAAUUGUUCAAUGGAAUGAUAAUUUAAUGAAUAAACAUUCCGAAGUUGAAGCAUUAAAUUGGUUAGCUGGAAAAUUGAUGUCUAAUACAGAUAAUGAACGUUUUACUUUGGAUGAUACAAGCGAUGACGGAACAUUUCCAGUACAAAAUACUACAUCAUUACAAUCUGAUCUAACUGUAGCUAAUCGACGAUGGGACAAUUUAUUAGAUUCUGGCAAUAGUAGACGUCAUCGUUUACAAACUGUUCUACUUGGUUUAGGUGAAUUUGAAAGUGCUAUUGAUGGAUUAAUUAAAUGGAUUGAUCAAAUGCAAACAGCUGUAGAUCAAAUACCUAUACGUCGGGCAAAUAUUCGAGGAUUAGAAGCCGAUUUAGCACGCAUUAAAGUAAUUCAUCACAAUAUUAACAGUCAUCAAUUAUCUGUUGUAAGAAUAGAAGAACAAGCAAGGAAAUUAGAACGUGCUGAUUGCAACAAAAUCGAUAAACCCUCUGGAGUAGAUACUGAUAAAGAUGUCAAAAGAAAAUCACAGACUUCAGAUUUUAAAACAUCAGAUAUCCGAGAUAAAAUUAUUCAAAUGAAUAAAGCAUGGGAACAUUUGAAACUGAGUGUACGCAAUAAACAAGCAGCAUUAGAAGAAGCAUUGAGUGAGACCUUUAAUUUUCAUGGUCAACUGGAUCAACUUAUACGCCGCACUCGACAGUUAAAAAGUCGAAUGCCCCCACCAGGUGCACGCAUUAUGGGUGGUUUACCAGAUAGUGCACGUGAACAGUUACGUCGCUUCAUGGAAGUUUAUGAUGAACUUGUAAAAAUUGGAUCAGAGCUUGAUGAACUGCGUCGAAAUUCAGCUGCAUUGUUAGUUAAUCAGUCAGCAGCAGAGUCAUGUAAUCAAUUAACUACUAAUCUUGAACGUUUCUCUGACCAUUAUGCUCAGUUGUUAAAACAUGCUCAAGAUAUUCGUGACCGUAUGGAAUUAGGUUUAAAACAAGUCGAAGAAUUACAUGAUCAUUUAUCACAAAUGAUGCAAUGGCUUACACAAAUGGAACGUACUAUACUACAACAGAAACCAGUCAGUCGUAUUGUAGCUCGCCUAUUUCAAUUAAUACGUGAUCACACUGAAUUACGCAAAGAAAUUACUGGACAUCGUGAUGCUUUAAUUAAUUUAGAUCGUUUAGCAAGUCAAAUACAAUGUCAAUCACAAAAACAAGAUGUAAUAUUGGUAAAAAAUCUUUUAUCUAGUAUUCAUACUAGAUGGGAGCAAUUAGUUUCACGUAGUGCAGAACGUACACGUCAACUUAACACUGGUCUGAAGGAGGCCAGUAACUUUCUGGAUAACUGGACAUCGUUAACAGAUUGGUUAAAGGAAAACUUAGCUUCAUUGGAGGAAGAUGGUGAUCGUGUCGCUACAAGACCUGAGAAAGUCGCUUAUCAAUUAGCAUUACAUCGUGAAUUACAGCGAGCAUUAAGCACACGUACUGUGGCUUAUGAUGGAGUGCGUCGUUACGCUAGACAACUACGUGAUAGAGCACCAGUAUGUGAUCAUGAUGAAUUAGAUGAUAUGGUCAGUGAAUUAAAGCAUUUAUGGCAAGCAGUGUGUACGAAAGCCUUAGCGAGACAACGCACUUUAGAACAAGCUCUCUUGGCAGCUGGUCUUUAUAAAGAAGCAUUGGAAGCUUUACUUGAUUGGUUGAGUAAGAUUGAACCACAAUUAGCUGAACAACAAACUGGAAACUAUGGUGAUGUGGAUAUUGUUGAGCAAUUGUUAGAAUCUCAUAAUCGUUUCAAAGCUGAGCUGGAACAACGUGCCACAUCUGUGAAAUUAAUACAUCAAGCUGCCAGUGAUUUAAUGAAUAAAGCUUCAUCUACUACUGACUCUGGAGCUGGUUCAUCAGCUAGCAAUCAAGCUGAUGUGUUUGCUAUGCAAGCUCAAUUAAAUCAUUUAUCUAAAAUAUGGGAUCGUGUACAGAAUUUAACUCAACGUCGAAGUGAACGAUUGGAUCAUGCAUUAAAAAUGGCGCAGCAAUUUCAGGAUACAUGUCGAAGUUUAAUGGAUUAUUUUGCUGGCGCAGAACGUGUUAUUCAUCGUUUGUCUGCUUUACCCACCUUUGAUGAUGAUGGCGAACUGGAAAUUGCUGGCACUAACAAUCCACCAACUAAUUUAACAGAUGCAAUUACAGCUCAUCGACAAACACAUUCUAAUUUAAUGAAUCAAGCUGAUCGAGUUGAAGCUGCUUUACAAUUAGGAAAUAAACUUUUAUCUCAAGCUCAUCCAGCAGCUGUGAAACGCUUACGUCAAUGGGUUAAUACUAUUCGUACACGAUGGGAGGAGUUAACUUCAUGGUCUGAACAACGUGGAGAUCGUUUGCAAGAAGCUUUAGAAGAACAGAAUAAACGUAAACUUCAACGUGAAGAACUCAUGCACUGGAUACAUGUUAAAACGAGUGAAUUAAGAAGUAUUCCAACAUCAAUACCGAUAUCAUCAUUGUCAUCUUCAUCGACUAAUUUACAAUCAGCUAAGAGUAAACUAGACUCAAAUGAUUCAAAAUCAAUAGACUCCAAAGACUUAUUUUCCAUAACUCAAGAACGUAUUGCUAUAUCAACUAUUACUUCUUUAGUUCACCAACCUAACGUUGUUGUCAAUAGUAAUAGUAGUAUAAAUAGUAAAGAUUUAAAACAACCUGAAAUUCUUACUGAUUUUACAACAGUUUUAAAUGAAAUAACCGAUUCAAAAAUCAUUGAACAGUUACUCAAUCUACAUAGUCAUUUAGAAGAAGAAGUGAGACAAAAACAACCUAUUUAUGAAAAUAUUAUAAAACAUGCUAAACGACGUACACCAGUUAAAUCAUCUCAUAAUAUUAAUAAUAAUAAUCGCCGAAGUCGUUUACCAAUACGACCCAGUGGUAAUCUAUUCAACCGUUCUAUUAAUACAGCAAAUCAACAACAUAAUCCAUCUAUAUUAGUUUUCACUUCACCGAAUAUUAAUCAAUUAUAUUUAAAUUGGAGAGAAUUAUGGAUUGCAAUGUUAACACGUAAAUCCCAAUUAAAUGAACGUUUAGCUUAUUUAAAUGAAGUGGAAAAAAUGAAAGAUUUUCAUUUUGAAUCAUGGCGUCAACGUUACGUUUCAUGGUUAAGUACAAAUAAAGCACGUGUUAUUGAUUUAUUUCAUCGUAAAGAUCGUGAUCGAGAUGGUCGACUUACAAGAGCUGAAUUUAUUGAUGGUAUAAUAGAAAUGAAAUUCCAAACAAGUCGCGUUGAAAUGGAAACAGUUGCAGAUAUAUUCGAUGCUAAUGGAGAUGGAUAUAUUGAUUAUCGUGAAUGUUUAAAUGCACUAAGAGCUAAUUAUAGUAAUUUGGAUAGAACAUCAUCAUCGAAUACUAAUGGUGGUAGUUCAUUAAGUUUAAAUCGUUUCGGUCCAUCGGAUGAAGAAACCAUUAAUGAUGAAUUAAAACGUCAAGUUGGAUUGUGUACAUGUCAUAACACAUAUAAAAUUAAGAAAAUGGCAACAAAUAAAUAUCGGUUCGGUGACUCACAAAAAUUAUGUCUAGUUCGCAUCCUUCGUAGUGCUGUAAUGGUUCGUGUAGGUGGUGGUUGGGUGACACUGGACGAAUUUUUAGUUAAAAAUGAUCCAUGUCGAGAUGCCUGUGAACGCUUAACUAGUAUAGCAGAUUUAGCUAAAGCAGCCGGUGUUGGUCACGGUUCAUACUGGUUUCCUUCAUCUGUUACUUUUCAACAUUCAUCUUCAACAAUAAAAUCAAAUCAUCAAAACAACUUAAAUAAUAGUAGUAAUAAUUAUAAAUAUAAUCAUCCAGUGAUUAGUUCAACAAGUAGCUGUAGUGAAAGUGGUCACAGUAGUAGUUGUCAUGAUGGUAAACAGAUUACUGAUUAUCUUAUAUCGAAUACAACGACUAAAAAGUCUAUAAUUAAAUCUUCUGAAUCAUCUUUAUCUAGUUCAUCACGUUUAAAAACUGUUCAUAAACGUUCACGUAAUGAUACUCAUAAUUUAUAUCAAUUAAUGAUGAAUGGUCCUGGACAAGAUAAUGCAUUUUAUUUAGUUAUGCCUAGUACAAAGCCUAAUCCAGCAAAUCAUAAUAACUGUAGUUAUAAUAAUAAUAAUAAUACCACUAAUUCUCAUACACUAGGAAAGAAACAUCAAUCAUUACAUACUAGAAAAUAAUCUAAACUUCUUAAUAAACAAUGUCAACUACAGACUACAUACAUUCAUAAAUAUACAUUUAUAUAUAUGCAUAUAUUCACACUUUAUACGUUAUUUCUUCAUUUUACACAAAACCAACUUAUUUAGUUAUCAAUUCUUUAAAUAUAUAAAAUGUUUUCUUUGUAAUUUAACUUAACAUUCAUGACGUUCUUUACAUUGGCCAACACUGGAGUAAUUAUUGUCUUUACUUUGAUCAAAUGGAAUCUAGUCAUCUAUAUUUAAAUUUGUUAUUAUGAUCCAGUAAGCAUGCAUCAUAAUUACUGUUUGAUAUUGUGUUGUGCUACAUGUUGUUAAUAUUUUUUUACGUGAAAUGCUUAAAUAUUACCAUCAUCACUGUCAUCAUUCAAAGCACUAUCGUCAUUAUCAUCAUGUUAUCAUGUUAUCAUCAUGUUUGCUGUUAAACUCCUCAAUGGAAACCGAUUGGUGAUUUUAAUGAAGAUUUACACAGUUCAUCUGAUUGUGCAAUCGCACCAAUCACACCUAUAUUGACAACGCUUCAGCGUAAAUCCUCUUCCUUCGCCCAUCGUCUACGAUCAUCACCAACAUCACAAUAUAGUACAACGUCAGCCAGUUCAUAUGCAUCAUUACCUACAUCAAAUCAUGAUUUGAAUGUAGUUAAAAAUAACGAUGAAAAUGAUAAUACUAUCACUGAUAACACUAAUGCUAAUAGUAAUCAUAUUAAGUAUCGUCAUGAUCGACAGGCGAUAAUACCAUCUCGUCAUUCUGCUGCUUCAUUAUCUCAACCUCAUAGAAAGAGUAUGCAUGGUGAAACAAUUUAUGAAAAAAGUGUAGAUGAUAAUUUACAUCAAAGGCGUGCUUCAGCAAUUUGUAUACCUUCCAUAAGUAACACAACACCAACAUUUUCCAAAGAAUUCAAUAACAAAUAAUCUGGUGUCAUUCAAUCUGAACAUUUACCUCAAAUAAGUAAAACAAUGUCUAAAUCUCAACUUUCUACAUCCUCACCUAGAAAUGAUUCAUUACCAACUGAUUCUAAUUUAAUUCAAUCCAAUACGAAAACAAAUAAAGAUUCUGUAACUAUGCCCGGUUCAACUUGUAAUAAUUCACGUAUAGAUAUGUUAUCAAAAUCUAAAAUUCCUUUAUUACAAACUAAUUUAAACACUGACAAUUCAACCUGUCAACAAUCGACAGAAUUAAUUGACGUUACCGCGGAUGCUGACACCACAAAUGAUAAUAAUAAUAAUAAUAAUAAUAAUAAUAAUAAUAAUAAUAAUAAUAAUAAUAAUAAUAAUAGAUCUAUGUGAAAAACUGUUUAUUAGUUGUUUAUUUUAAUUCAACUAAAUGUGUAUAUCAAAAUUCACCUAAACCACUUAAAAGUGGUUACUUUCGUUAAUUUAUUUUCGAAUUUGUUUUCUUUUAUUUCAUCACAUUAUCAUUUAUUUUAUUGGAAGUAGAGUUUAUUAUUUAUUGUGUGUUGUAUUAUUCUUUUUUUUCUUUUUUCUUCCUCCUUUUUUAUUUAUUUUGCUUUACACAUCACAGAUUUGAAGAUAAGAUCUACUUACUUAUUGUAUAAAUAAAUAAGAAUAUUAGGUAUGUGCACUUGAAAAAUUGCCUUUAUGCAACAAACGCCCUUUUUUUCUUCAUAUAAUUUUAUUAAAUAUCUAAAAGUUCACUUCAAUUUCUUCUUUUACACUCUUUGUUCCGAAUGACAUAGCAACAACAAUAGCAAAAAACAUUUACAUAUCGUUUUAAAAAAAAAGUGUCUACAAAAGUGAUUUCUAGAUUUUAUGUAUUUUAUUAUUGGGAAUAGGUUAAUUAUUUAAUCAAUUGAAUGAAUAGGUCAAAGAGGCGGUAUGCGGUGAAUGGGCAGUGGUUAGAUCAAUCAAACAGCGUCGUUGUCAUAUUUGUCUUUAUCAAUUCUAAUAUUAUAUUAUUUACAUACAGCUGCCAUUAUUUUUGUGCUAAUAACUUUCAUUGUAUCUACUUACGAAUUCAAGUUAAUUUUUGUUAUUUUAUUUGUUCUUAUGAAUAUUUUAUCUUGUGCUCUUUUAUUUAUCUCUUUUUAUUUGUGUGAUGAACUAUUUAGUUAUUCUGUAUUUCUCAUUAUCUUUAUGUGUUUUCUGAGAUUCCUUCAUACGCUUGUAUCAUUCAAUUUCUGUUGUAAAAAAAAGUUCUCUUAUUGUUAUUAUUCAUUGUCAGUUUAUAUGAAAAUAGAAAUACAUCUAUAUUAAUGAUGUC